UUGCUCGGCACUCGCUCAGCAGGCUGCCCCGGACAGCCGUGUCCCGCCGGUCCCCUGCGACUCGCCCGUUCCGGGCGACCCGCCGCCCGCUCCGCCCGCCGACGACAUGCGUGUCCCCGCGGUUCCGGAGGCCGGCGGCUGGCGCUGGGGACCCCUGCUCCUUGCUCUCUUCCUGACUGCGUCCCGAGGUCUGGUAGCAGCUUUCAAAGUGGCCACGCCAUAUUCCCGGUUCGUGUGUCCUGAGGGGCAGAACGUCACCCUCACCUGCAGGCUCUUGGGCCCUGUGUCCAAGGGGCACGAUGUGACCUUCUAUAAGACGUGGUACCGGAGCACGCGGAGCGAGAUGCAGGUGUGCUCGGAGAGGCGGCCCAUCCGCAACCUCACAUUCCAGGACCUGCACCUGCACCACGGAAGCCACCAGGCUGCCAACACCAGCCAGGACCUGGCCCACAGACACGGGCUGGAGUCGAACUCCGAUCACCACGGCAAUUUCUCCAUCACUUUGCGCAACCUGACCACGUGGGACAACGGGCUAUACUGCUGCCUUGUGGUAGAGGUGCGACACCACCACUUCCCGGAGCAGAGGGUCCAUGGGGCCAUUGAGCUGCAGGUACAGAGAGGCAAAGAUGUGCCGUCCAAAUGCAUCACGUACUCGUUCUCCCCGGAGGAGAGUGACAACAUCACAGCUGCGGCCCUGGCCACGAGUGCCUGCAUUGUAGGAAUCCUCUGCCUGCCGCUCAUCCUGCUUCUGGUCUACAAGCAGAGGCAGGUGGCCUCGCACCGCCGUGCGCAGGAGCUGGUACGGAUGGACAGUGCCAUCACUCAGGGAAUUGAAAACCCUGGCUUCGAGGUCUCUCCACUUCCCCAGGGGAUGCCCGAGGCCAAGGCCAGGCCCCCUCUGACCUACAUGGCCCAGCGACAGCCUUCUGAGUCUGGGCGGCACCUGUUGUCAGAGCCCAACACUCCUCUGUCUCCUCCGGGUCCUGGGGACAUCUUCUUUCCAUCCUUGGAGCCAGUCCCUGACUCUCCACAUUCUGAGGUCAUCUAAGCCAGCGGGGGACAGGGGGCAGUGCUGACUGCAUGGGGCAGGUGCACUGGAGCCAGGGCCGGCCUUGUGCCUGGCUCCCUCGACCUUGGCUUUGGCUUGGCCUCUGCUCCUGCUCUGAGCCCAGAUUCUGCUUCAGCCCCAUUGCCUGGACCUUCUACCUUCUGGAUGUUGCAUGGGGAAGAAGAGAAGGUGCUGGAUUGCUCAGCGCUGCCCCAAGGAUGCUAGGGUGCUAAGUCCCCUGAGGACCUGAACUUCACCACACAUGUACAGAUGCCAAAUGACCUCCAUCCUAAGAAGUCCCCAGAUUUCCAGCUCUCUAUCAGCCUGUCUCCCAGGACAAGAGUCUCAGCAGCACAAGCAGGACAAAGUAGGCAUUGGGCAGGCCCUCCCAGUGCCACACUUCCAGGCAUGAGACGUGGGACCCAAGGCAGAGUGAUUCCUGCCCACUGGGACUGGCCUGGCUGCCCUGUCCACCCUCCAAGACUGCUUCUCUGUUAGCCUCACUCUGUGCCCACGGUGGCUCUGGGGCUGGGCCUGCCAGUUCCCAGCCAAGGGGCUCCCUGCACUGCCUCCCUGUAGCAGUCUCUGAGGAUCUGUCAAUAGGUUAUGCAUCUUGAGCUCCUGCUGCCUGCAUUCUGGCCCCCCAAGUUCAGUGACCAGAGGCCCUGAAGCAGGAAGUACAUAGUGGGCAAAGUGGCCACUGUGAGCCAAUCAGCAUCUUGGGCAAUUUGAGGCCAGGCCAGAGGUUGUGCCACCCACUGCAGAUGGUCCAGAGGGAGGUGGGCAGGGCCUGCUGGGAAGGCAGAGAAGAGGUCCCUCCCUCUCCAUCUCCGCUGCAGAGCUCAGUGUGGGAAAAGGGGUGACUGCAUAAUGUCUUGUGCAUGAAUACUAAAGGGAAUGCUGUUAAAAACUACGUGGGCAACAGGUGCAAGCCAGGAAGUGACUUGAAAGCACCAGA